AUGCCGGGCGCGCGGGAGUUCCGCGCGGAGCAGGAGCGGCGGGAGGAAGAACGGCGCGCGGAAGAACUGCGCGAGCAGGAGCGGGGGGAGGCGGAAGAGCGGCGAUUGAGGGAAGAGGAGGAGCGGCGCCUGCAGCUGAAAACCCGGGCGGCGACGAUUGUCGCUAAUGCGCCGUCGUGGGAAAAUCCGGAAAAACCGGGCGUGAUUGCGAGAGAAUCGUCGCCUUUGCAGUUGCCGCGACGUCGCCCACUGACGCUACAGAUCGACGACGCGGUCGGCGAUUGUAACGUUGUAACAGUCGCUUCUCCCGCGAUAGGCUCCGCCAGGCCUCCGCGGCAAGGCGCUUGGGGGUCGGAACGCAGCCCGCGAUCAGCGCCGCUAGCGACGGCGGCGUUCGCGUCCGCGCAAUCAGCGAUGGCGGGAGCGAAGUCCCCCGGAUCGAUCUCCCGGGGCGCGGCGCGCUCGUUCGGGUCCCCCUCACCCAUGUCACUCCUUCCGCCCAAGUCUCCCGCUGCGCAGACCUGGGGUGCCGCGGAGCGCAGUAACACCACGGUUAGUAGCAGCGCAAUUCACGGAAAAAACACGACUACUACUAGCAGCAGCUCCAGCCACGCUGCGAAAUUCUAUGGCGCAUCGCCACUGCCUCCAGCCUUUCAGAGCGCGAGUAGAAAGAAGGAUGCUCUACCCCCCCUUUCCCCCACCCGCAUUCCCCCCCACGCCUUGGCCGCCAGCCCUGCCACCAAGGCUCGGUUUGCCUACCCCCGGAGCAAAAGCUCUGCCGAAGCAGAAGGGUUGGCCAGGGAAGGCAAAUCUGCCGAACCUGAGCAUUCUCCAGGUUGGGAUGAUGUUGGUGAGGUGAACAGGGUGCAAUCCCUAGGCGAACGGGUUCGAGGUUCGGGCCGAGCCUGUGCUGCCGACGCUGAGGAUGUGCCUAGUGGAGUAACCCGAGCCAAGACCGUGGAAGGCAGGAUUGAGGGAAGCGGAGGAGGAAGAGGGAGGGGAGGAGCAGCAGGAGGAGCGAUAGAAGUGAGGGGAGUGGGUGAGGGUGUGAGAAGAGGGGAAGUGCCGCAGAGAAGACCUGAGAAUCGGUUUCAUAGUAAAUCCAUGGACUUAGGAUCAGGAGGUAUGGGAUGCAACAAGCAGCAAGCAGAAGGUGCACUAAACAGCCCGAGCAACCACAGCAGUCCGAGAAACCAGGGCAACCGAGGUAACCAGAGUAACUGGGAUAACCAGGAAAGUCCGGGCGGCACAGCGGGUGUGGGAGACGGGAAGGCAAGGGUAGGCUCUGAAAGAAUUGCAAGGAGAGGGCUUGUGAAGCAUGCUAGUGUGGCAGAGAAGGGGAGAAGGGUGGGGAGAGGCGGGCACAGGAGGGCUGUUUCCUGGGCAGUGUUGGGGGAAUUGAGGUUGGAAGGGAGGGAGGAUGGCGUGGGGAGUGAACUGUUCUCCAGACGACCACCCGCUGCCACCACUGCUGGCGGCAGAGGCGAGGCGGAAGCAAAGGCAAACGGGAGCGGCCCUUCCGAGCCGAUUCAAAUUCCUUCUGCUGUUGGUGCUGCUGGUGGUGCCGACUCAGCCGCAGCCACACGAGAGGAGUCCGCAGAAGCAGACGAGCGAGGCCAGUGGGAGGAGGCGGAGCUGCAAAUCCGCACGCGGUUCUUCAAGGCGAGCCGCAACCGCCUCUUCAGCCUCGCAGCCAAGGGCCUAUCCUCCUUCUCCAAACUCCUUGCUGCCGCCAGUGCUGCUGCUGCUGGGGCUGCUGCUGGCAUGGGCGUGGGGGGUGUGGGGGUGAACGUGCUGGGUGGGGCGUUUGGGGAGGUGGAGGAGAGGUAUGAGGUGGAGGGGGGAAAGGAGCUAGGCGCGGGGCAGUUUGGGGUGACGAGGGUGGUGGUGUGUCGGAGCACGGGGAGGAGGCUUGCAUGCAAGACCAUUCACAAGGCUGCUUUCAAGUCCAAAUUCGACAUCGAGAACGUGCGCCGCGAAGUCGCAAUACUGAACCUCCUCAAAUCCCACCCCAACGUGAUCCACCUGGAAGAACCCAUUGAAACCCCCCACGCUAUCCACCUGAUAAUGGAGCUGUGUUCGGGCGGCGAGCUGUUUGAGCGAAUCAAGGAGCGGCGGCGGUACAGCGAGAGGGAGGCGGCGGUGGUGAUGCGCGCGGUGCUGGGCGUGCUGCAGAGCUGCCACCAGCGCCACCACGUGGUGCACCGCGACAUCAAGCCUGAAAACAUCCUCCUCGCCCACCCCUCCUCCCCCAUCGACGUGCGCGUCAUUGACUUCGGAGUCGCCGCGUUUCUCAAGCCCGGGGGGAAGAUGCUGACCGAUGCCGUUGGGUCGCUGUUCUACAUCGCGCCGGAGGUGCUUUCCGGGUCGUAUGGGACGCCGGCGGAUGUGUGGUCGGCGGGGGUUGUCCUGUAUGUGCUGCUGGCCGGCGUGCCGCCGUUUUGGGCGGAGACGGAGGCGGGGGUGACGAGGGCGAUCAAGGAGGCGGAGGUGGGGUUUAAGGGGUCGGCAUGGAGGGGUGUUACGGAGGAGGGGAAAGAUUUGAUUUUGCGGAUGCUGGAUCGGGACCAGAAGAGGCGAGUCUCGGCACAGGAGGCUCUAGGCCCCAGCACCUGCAGCCCUGCCAUGCCGCCCGCCCCUUGUGUGCCGCCCAACCCUCCUGCUCCUCUUGCCCCUGCUGCCGCCCCAGUUUCCCCUACUCCCCCUCCCACCCCUCCCACACCUUGUACUCUCCUCCCUUCUCCUGCUGUGUCUGCUGCUACUGUACCUGCUACUGCCGUUCCCACACCAACUCCACCACCUCCUGCCACACCCCCACCGUCUGCCACACCUCCACCUCCUGCCACCUCUCCCACUGCCCCCGUUUGCCCCAUCGUCCCCAAUCCCCUCGAACCAAUUCCCGUUUCCCCCAUCCGUGUUCCCCCCAUUAUCGUUCCCACCAUGCUCGUCCCCCCUCUUCCCCUUGCCCCCAUUCCUAUACUCCCCAUGCCCACCCCGCUGUUCCCAACCCCACCGUUCCCACCCCCGCCGUCUUCACCCCCGCCGUUCCCACCCCCGCCGUUCCCACCCCCGCCGUUCCCACCCCCGCCGUUCCCACCCCUACCGUUCCCACCCUCGCCGUUCCCACCCCCGCCGUUCCCAACCCCGCCAUUCCCAACCCCGCCGUUCCCACCCCCUCCGUUCCCACACCCCUGCAGUCCGCCCCACCACACCAGCACCCCCAGCCACACCUGGCAGCCCCCCAAGCUACUGGUCUGUGAGGGGCGCAUUCCCCCCAGCAGCAGUGGCAGCUUGAAUCCCGGACAGCUGCCUGUCGACAGCCUUGGCAUGGGCGCGGCGGGCAAAGAGGGUCUGCAGGGCGGGGCUCAUGGCCUAGAAGGCGUGGGCGUCGAGGGGGCGCUGCAGGAAGGCGUCGAUGGCCGCCACGCGCUGCGCGUCUGUCAGAGAGGGGAGGGCAGCUGA